AUGUUCCCCAAGUCUAUCAUCACUGCCAGCGCCAUUGGCCUUGCCACUCUUGGCAUGGCCCAGGCUGCAACUCUGAGCACCGACGAGGUCCAGGGCCUCGCUCUCAUCAACCAAGCCCGCCAGAAGGUCGGCAAGGCUCCUCUUGGCUGGGAUGAUGCCCUUAAGCAGGAUGCCCACGUCUGGUCCGGCAACCUUGCCGCUGACAACAAGCUUGAACACGCGCCUGCCUCUGACCGCAACGGCGCUGGCGAGCUUCUGAGCAUGUUCCGCACCGAGGACCACAACUCUGUCCAGAUGAUUCGCCCCAUCGCUGAGUCCUCCAAGAACUGGCUCAACGCCGACGGCCAGCAGCAGUCUACUGAUGUUGCCAAGCAGCUUGGUCUUGCCGAGCAGCUUCUCUCAGGUAAGGCCACCCGCAUCGGAUGUGCCACCUCUAUUGUCAACGGCAACUCGGAGUCACAGUGGUUCCUCUACACUUGGUUCCGUGUCAUGACCUGGUUCAACCCUUCGCUGGGCUCCUGUGGUAGAACCAACGGAGACAACGACAUGGUAGUUGCCAUCUCCCACAUCACCAUGGGUGAUGCUGGAGGCAACCCUAACCCCAACUGUGGCAAGACGAUCACCAUCUCCCGCGGCGGCAUCACUAAGACUGCUACCAUCGUCGACAAGUGUAUGGGAUGUGGUGUUGACCACAUUGACGUCAGCCCUGCCGUCUUCAGAACCUUUGCCGACCUUGGCGCUGGCAAGAUUGGCGAUGUGAAGUGGAGCUUCUAA